AUGGCGGGGCUCGAGCCGCCCAUGUACCUCAGGUUCUUCCAGGCCAUAUGGAAGAUCGCCGAGCCGCUGGAGGAGUACCUCCGGGCGCUACCGCGCCGGCCGGUCUGCCUCGUCACCGACGCGUGCAACCCGUGGACGGCGCCGGUGUGCGAACGUCUCGGCAUCCCCAGGCUGGUGAUGCACUGCCCCUCCGUCUACUUCCAGCUCGCCGUGCACCGCCUGUCCAGCCACGGCGUGUACGACCGCGUCGGGGAAGACGUGAUGGCGCCGUUCGAGGUGCCGGACUUCCCGGUGCGGGCCGCCGGCAACAUGGCCACGCUCCGGGGCUUCUUCCAGUACCCCGGCGUGGAGAAGGAGCACCGUGAAGCGCUCGAUGCCGAGGCCACCGCCGACGGCCUGCUGUUCAACACGUUCCGCGGCAUCGAGGGCGCCUUCGUCGACGCGUACGCGGCGGCCCUCGGCAAGAGGACGUGGACCGUCGGGCCGACCUGCGCCUCCAGCAGCAUGGCCGACGACGCCGACGCCAAGGCCGGCCGCGGCAACCGCGCCGACGUCGACGCCGGGCACAUCGUCACGUGGCUCGACGCCCGGCCGCCCGCGUCCGUGCUGUACGUCAGCUUCGGCAGCAUCUCGCAGCUGACGGCUAAGCAGCUCGCCGGGCUCGCGCGCGGCCUCGAGGCGUCCGGGCGGGCGUUCGUGUGGGCCAUCAAGGAGGCCAAGGCGGACGCCGCGGUUCGGGCGCUGCUGGACGAGGAGGGGUUCGAGGCGCGCGUCAAGGAAGGGGCCUCCUCGUCCGCGGGUGGGCGCCGCAGGUGA